GAAACUUUUUAGAAUUCAACUUAAGAAAUUGUUUCAAUUGAUUAGUUAACUUACUCCUUAAAUUAAGUAGUGGUUUUUCUAAUAUGAGUAAUAUGAUCAUCAAGAAAACAAUCAGCACAACCUAAUAUUAAAAUGAAGAAAUACCUAUUUUUUUUGAAAUGCUACAACUUGGAUCUACGCAUAUAUAUUUAAGACGUUAAUUGUCAUGAUUGGGAUUUUAACACAAAGCAAUAUCCAUUAAUUUUAAUAAAGUAAUCACGCGCCAAUAUAUUCGCGGUAAUUAUAUUCAAAUUGUGUAUUUUUCAUCCAAUCAAAUGCAGUUUUAAUUUCUUAAACAGUUUAUUACUUUCAAAAGAAUCAAUAAAUUGUUUUUAUGAAAUAAGCCUAUAAUCUUUAAGUAUAAACAUAUUUUGAAGCAUUAUUUAAUAGAACACUGCACUUAGAGAAGC